AUGUUGAUCUUCGGAAACCUCAUCUAUGUCUCGUGCCUGUUGAUCAACGCUAUUGCCAUCCUCUCUGAGGAUAGGUUUUUGGCUAGGAUCAACUUCUCCCCUUCCUCCUACGACCCCGCCUUCGGCCAAAGUGCAGAUGCCUCCGUCCAGGCCAAGAUCAUGAACCUGAUUGCGAGCGUACGGACGUUGAUGAGGAGUACGUAUUAUUACAUCCAUACAUCCAUCGAUACAUACAUGAUCAGCCAUACAUGCUCCCGGGUGACUAGGAAGCGAUAG